AUGGAUUUAGACCCUUUUUAUUACGAAUUAAUGGCAGCAACCAAUACAACAACCAAUACAACAGGAUGUAUUAAUGUUAAUGGUAAUAUGUUUUUAAAUAAAUGUUGGAGAAAUACAGAGAGUGUUUUACCAUUGAUGGCAAAUUUCAUUAUGCAAUUUGUAAACCCAAGAACAGUUGCAUACACAACCACAAGUAUUCUCUUCCUUCUUCCAGCAAUCCUUUUACUCAGUAAUUCACCAUCAGUUUACCCAGUUCUUAAAAAUAAAUACACUCAACUUAGAGUUGUUUUAAUUCACAUGCUUCACAGAGCAUCAUACCCACUCGUAUUAGGUGUUGGUUUAUAUGCAGUAUUCAGACAAAGAAGACCAUGUUUCUGUGAUGGUUCACCAAUUGGUAGUAUUUAUGGUAUGCCAUCUGGUGACGCUAUGGCAGGUGGUAUCUUGGCUGCAUAUUUAAUUGAUAUUGCACCAUUUUACCCAAUUUUAUCAAGAGUUUUAGGUGUUUGUUUAAUGAUUUGUGUUUGUUUUGAAAGAACUAUUUUAGGUUAUCAUACAAUUGGUCAAGUCGUUACAGGUACUUCAAUUGGUUUUAUUCUUCAUUUUUAUUCAACAAGAGUACCACAAUGGUUUUUAGCAGUCGACAUUUUAAUGCAAUGGAUUCUUAGUGCCAUCGCACUUCAAUUAGAUCCACAUUUAGUUUAUUCACCAAAUGAUCCAAAUAAUUUAUGGGUAUGGUUUAUUUGGGGUGCAUCCUUCCAAGUUUUGGUUUUAUUCCUUUUAUUCAGAGUAGGUAAAAGCCCAUUAGAUGGUUGGAGAGUAUUAAAACAAUCAUUAAACAGUAUGUCAAAGAGCACUUCAAUGAAUAUUCAAAGUGAUUCAGCUGAAGAUCAUUUAUUAGCUUAUUCAAUUAAACCAUCACACGAUAUGGCCGAAUCAGAUGAAAGAUACAAGAGAAGAAUCGUUAAAGAUGCAGAUAUUCCAUUCACCACUAUUUCUUUUAUUGCAUUCUUUGCCGUCAACUUUAUAUCUUUUUGUAUGCAACAAUGGAAUUGGCUCGUACAUACUUCAUCAUCAGCUGAAAGCGGUACACAUAUGUAAAAGAAAAAGAGAGUUUAAAAAAAAAGUAAUAAUAACAAUAUAAUAAUAAUAAAUAAUAUGUAAAAA